AUGGCGUCUAAAGCUGUAGUAUCAGUGGAAGAUUUAACCUGUCCUGUGUGCUGUGACAUCUUCAGGGAUCCCAUUGUCCUGUCAUGUAGUCAUAGUUUGUGUAAAGUCUGUCUGCAGCAGUUCUGGAACACAAAAGGAUCACAGGAGUGUCCUGUCUGUAGGAGAAGAUCAUCAAAAGAUCACCCACUUAGAAACCUGGCUCUAAAGAACCUGUGUGAGACUUUCUUACGGGAGAGAAGUCAGAGAUCUUCAUCAGGGUCUGAGGAGUUCUGCAGUCUGCACAAUGAGAAACUCAAACUCUUCUGUCUGAAGGAUAAACAGCCUGUGUGUUUGGUGUGUCGCGAUUCAGAAAAACACACAAAGCACAAAUUUCGUCCAAUAGAUGAAGCUGCUCCAGGGUACAGGGAUGAACUGAAGACUACAGUGAAAUCCUUAAAGGAGAAACUGAAGAUCUUCAAAAAAGUCAAAAUGACCUAUAAGAAAACAGCAGAGCACAUUAAGAUCCAGGGCCAAAACACAGAGAGACAGAUUAAAGAGGAGUUUGAGGAACUUCACCAGUUUCUACGAGAUGAAGAGGCAGCCAGGAUAACUGCACUGAGGGAGGAAGAGGAGCAGAAGAGACAGAUGAUGAAGGAGAAGAUUGAGGAGAUGAGUAGAGAGAUAUCAUCUCUUUCAGGCACAAUCAGAGCCAUAGAAGAGGAGUUGGGCACCAGUGAUGUUUCAUUCUUGAUGAACUUCAAGAGCACAAUGAAAAGAGCCCAGUGCACGCUGCAGGAUCCAGAGAUGCUUUCAGGAGCACUGAUCAAUGUGGCAAAGCACCUGGGUAACCUGAAGUUCAGAGUGUGGGAGAAGAUGCAGGACAUUGUUCAAUACACUCCUGUGAUUCUGGACCCCAACACUGCAUCACCAUGUCUCAUCCUGUCUAAGGAUCUGACCAGUUUGAGAAACAGUGACAUGAAACAGCAGAUUCCUGAUAAUCCAGAGAGAAUAGAUGAAUAUCCAUGUGCUCUGGGCUCUGAGGGUUUCAACUCAGGGACACACUGCUGGGAUGUUGAUGUUGGGAACAGUACAUUCUGGGGCCUGGGUGUGACCACAGAGUCAAACCAGAGGAAGGGAAAGACAUUCUUUAGCACUGGUAUCUGGAGUGUGUUAUUAUAUGAUGGUAAAUACUGGUCAAAGGAGUCAGGAGGAUCAUGGACUCCACUAAUGGUCAAUAAUAAACUCCAGAGGAUCAGAAUGGAACUGGACUGGGACAGAGGAAAACUCUCAUUCUCUGAUCCUCUAAAUAACACAUACCUACACACUUUCACACUCACUUUUACUGAGAGAAUGUUUCCAUACCUCGGUAAUCACUGUAAACUCUCUCGUCUUAGGAUCUUACCAGUGAAGCGUUGUGUAUCAGUGAAACAGCACAGUUAG